UUUGCAUAAGAGAUAUGUGAUAUAGGGCAUUCAAGGCUCCAACUAUUACGAAACAGGGACCUUUAGAAAGAUAAAUCCAACCUUCCUUAACGAGUAAACGGGAUUAAAGACGAAACGCCGCAAUACAACAUCUUGAUGGUUAUUCAAGCUGAUAAUUGGUCAAUACUAACAGUUCCCCGGCCGUUGGCGGCUCUGCUCCUUAUUGCUUUCAAUGUAAUAAUCGAUGAUUGUAUUAAUGACUACCAUAAGCACAAACUAGACAUAUGGUUCUUCACUCAAAGGUCUUAUGAUCCUGAUAUGCAAAUGGACAAACAGGACCAAAGUAGCGCUGUGAAAGGCGACUUUUCGAGACUGAGGUCUAGCUCAACGGUUGCGCGAAGUCCAACAGGUACCACACUGGUGAGCUUUUUUCUACUUCGUACAAGAUUCCCAUUGAAUGUUGAAUACUAAUUAUAACUCCAAAGCGAUCUUUUAAUCUAGUUCCUCUUAUGCGUACAGCAAACCAGCAAAUAAAGCGUCAGUUGGCCCAUAAUAUACAAAAGCAAAAUUAAAGAAUGGUUUUAGUCACAGAGAACAUGCCCUUGGAUAUUCGUCUCCAAGCGAUAAAACUGUGUUUUGGUCUUGGAAACCCACACGCGGAACAAUGGCCAGGAGUAUAUAUUGUCAACGUUUACGGUCGUUUUGGAAACAGAUUUAAGAUUCUGCUAGGCGAGGAAUUCGACGUGAUUUGGAGAAUCAUGGAGCGGGAGAAGCCAACGGAAGCUUUCGAAAUCUGGUAAUGGUGCCUGGCAGUGCUCAAUUCGUUUCGGACAUUCCAAGCAUUCUAAGCGGUUGAAACUAUCAGCAUGGAGAAUGUCUACCAGGAUUUGCUUCGAGGGAAGAUAUAUAUAUACUAGAAUAAGUAGUAUCUAAUCGAUGUAAAGCCGGAUCAAACUAGAUCCUAU